UGGGAACACUUCCGCCGCCCGCUCAGUGGAGUGAACCGCGCGCGCAGCUCUGUCCAGACAGACAGCAGCAGAGAGCACUGUGGACAGGUCAGCCAGCAGCGUCUGCAGCGAGCACUGUCGCCGUGUGUGGUGGUGGACAGCCGCGAGUGGCGGGCGAGACGCACCCGCAAACACCUGCACGCACCCGCACCGCGCGUACCGCGCCCGGACAGCUCGUCCCCGUGACCCUCCGGACCGCUAGAAGAGCCCCUCUCCCGCCACACCCGAUGGCCGCCGCGCAGAGGGUCCUGGUCGAGGCGAUGCUGGUGGCCGCCAUGCUCGCCACCGUCGCCCACGCUAUCGAGCGGCCCAAGCUGCCCCGAGGCAUCUCAUGUAGAGCCUGCAGCCGGUCGCACGGCGUACGCCAGCCCCUGCUCACGGUCUCGGGGCGCGCAGGGCGGGAGGGGGGCAACAUGGGCGAGGUGGUGUCGGCCGCCGCCGACGCCUACCCGAUGGAGGAGGUGCUGAUGCGGAUGAGCCCCCGCCAGGGCCGCUCCCCGUACUGGCCGCUGCGCCACCCGGCGCUGGAGAACGCCCGCAAGCGCCAGCGCACCAUGGAGUCGUUCCAGCCGCCGCAGGUGCGCUUCUUCAACAGCUUCGCGGACUUUGCGGCCGGCGGCGGCCCCUACAUGGACGACUCGGGCAUGCAGUCCUCGUCGCUGGACGAGGCAGCCAACGCCAUCAUGGACAACCGAAUCCGACCAGAUCGCACCCAGCCCAAGGCCAUGACCGCCGAGGACCUGAUCCGGGCGCUGCAGGAGAAGGCGCUGCGGCAGCAGUCGGAGGAGGACGGGCCCGCGGCCGGCGCCAUCCGCUUCGGAGGGAUGCUGGGCAGGAAGUGAAGCGCCACCCGGCGCCGCCAGCCCCCAGGCCCGGAGGGGCUUUCUCAUUUCAGCCCAAGAAAAAUUACACGUGGCCUUUUUUAUUCCUUUUAUUCUCAUUAAUUUUUAUCUUCAUUAAAGACUUUAUUUCUCCCCAAAGAGAAUCGUGGCAAUAUUAGAAAGAAAAUAUCUUAAUGUGGCGGACGACGGUUAGUGAUCAUUUUCUAAAUGAAAAAGCAAAAUUUGAGAUACUUGUUGCCAGCUAGUUAAAGCGUUCUAGCUUUGUUUGUACUGUCGCGCCUCGUAGUAUAUUAAGCUCCACUCCUGCUCCUCUGUUCAUUUUCUUCUUGUUAGUUGGUGUGUCUGUAUCAUUGGGUGGAAACCACUCUUGAGUUUUUAAUAAUAAACUGAUGAAGGGAGCAUCGUGCGAAACCAAAAA